AGGAUGUGUUCACUUGUAUGGUUUGCUUCCGUUGCAACGCAUCGGACUCUUGUGCUAGCGAAAUACUAAGACAAAUAGUCCCGCCUUUGCUCCCUUUUUUUUAGUGCGCCCACUGUUUUGGACUGGACCGACCAACCAAACUCACAGCAGAUCAAAAACGAUCCUAAACCGCGUAGUACCACCAUACUGAAAUAUUCUCAGUCAGAGAACGGCAAAAGUUGCUACUACACACGCGGAGUCGAGGAGACUCGGACUAGGAGCACAACAGUCAACCCGCACUCCAUUGAUCUCAACAACCAUACUCUCCACUCGCGUGCUGUUCCCUGAACGGCAAUGCCGACGCCGGAGGCCACCUUCGCAUGGAUCCUCCUCCUCCUCCUUGUCUCCUUAGUUUCUGCUCCGGCCGGCGCCAAUGCCGCGACGGAGUCCGAGGCGGAGGCGCUGCUGGCCUGGAAGGCCAGCAUCGACGACGCCGCCGCGCUGUCCGGCUGGACCAAGGCCGCCCCGGCCUGCUCCUGGCUCGGGGUGUCCUGCGACGCAGCCGGGCGCGUCGUCUCGCUCAGGCUCGUGGGCCUCGGCCUCGCCGGCACGCUCGACGCGCUCGACUUCACGGCCCUCCCGGAUCUGGCCACGCUCGACCUCAACGACAACAACCUCAUCGGCGCCAUCCCGGCGAGCCUCUCGCGCCUGCGCUCCCUGGCCGCGCUCGACCUCGGCAGCAAUGGGUUUAACGGCUCCAUCCCGCCGCAGCUCGGCGACCUCUCCGGCCUCGUCGACCUCCGGCUCUACAACAACAACCUGGCCGAUGCCAUCCCGCACCAGCUCAGCAGGCUCCCCAUGGUCAAGCAUUUCGACCUGGGCUCCAACUUCCUCACCGACCCGGACUACAGCAGGUUCUCGCCGAUGCCCACCGUCAACUUCAUGUCGCUCUACCUCAACUACCUCAACGGCAACUUCCCGGAGUUCAUACUCAAGAGCGGCAACAUCACCUACCUUGACCUGUCGCAAAACUAUUUCUCCGGGCCGAUACCGGACUCGCUGUCGGAGAAGCUCCCCAAGCUCAUGUACCUCAACUUGACCGUCAAUGCCUUCUCCGGCCGGAUACCGGCGUCGCUGUCAUCACUGAGGAAGCUCCGGGACCUGCGGAUUGUAAACAACAAUCUGACUGGAGGCAUCCCGGAUUUCCUUGGGUACAUGUCCCAGCUGAGAGUUCUUGAACUCGGCGGCAACCUGCUAGGCGGUCCGAUCCCGCCGGUUCUUGGCCGGCUCCAAAUGCUAGAGCACCUUGACCUGAAGAGCGCCGGGCUGGUUUCCACUAUUCCACCGCAGCUGGGCAACCUUGGCAAUCUCAAUUUCGCAGACCUAGCCAUGAACCAGCUCAGCGGUGCCCUGCCGCCGGAGUUGGCCGGGGUGCGCAAAAUGCGGGAGUUUGGCGUAUCAUACAACAAUCUCUCCGGUCAGAUUCCGCCGGCUAUGUUCACGAGCUGGCCAGACCUCAUAGGGUUCCAGGCGCAGAGUAACUCGUUCACUGGGAAAAUUCCUCCGGAAAUCGGCAAGGCAACCAAUCUAAAAAAUUUGUAUCUCUUCAGCAACGAUCUUACCGGAUUUAUCCCGGUAGAGAUCGGCCAGUUGGUGAACCUGGCUCAGUUGGACCUGUCCAUAAACUGGCUCACAGGUCCGAUACCACACUCGCUUGGGAACCUCAAGCAACUCAAGCGGCUGUCGUUGUUCUUUAAUGAGCUCACCGGUGCUAUCCCACCGGAGAUCGGCGACAUGACAGAGCUGCAAGUACUGGACGUCAACACCAACUGUUUGGAAGGGGAGCUGCCCACCACCAUCACAUCGCUCCGUAAUCUCCAAUACCUCGCCCUGUUUGAUAACAACUUCACCGGUACUAUACCGCGAGACCUUGGGAAGGGGCUGAGCUUAACCGAUGUCGCCUUCGGGAACAACAGCUUCUACGGUGAGCUGCCACAGAGGCUGUGCGACGGCCUCACCCUGGAGAACUUCACGGCAAACCACAACAACUUCAGCGGCACCCUCCCGCCGUGCCUGAAGAACUGCACAGGCCUGUACCAUGUGAGACUGGAGAAUAACCAAUUCACUGGCGACAUCUCGGAGGUGUUUGGUGUCCAUCCCCAAUUGGAUUUCUUAGAUGUCUCGGGUAAUCAGCUGGCAGGGAGAUUGUCGCCUGAUUGGUCACGGUGCACCAACCUUACAGUUCUAUCCAUGAACAACAACCGCAUGUCUGCCAGUAUUCCUGCAGCCUUGUGUCAAUUGACCUCUCUCCGGUUACUGGAUCUAUCAAAUAACCAAUUCACUGGGGAGCUCCCACGCUGCUGGUGGAAAUUACAAGCACUGGUGUUUAUGGAUGUGUCCAGCAAUGGUUUGUGGGGUAACUUUCCUGCCUCAAAGAGCUUGGAUGACUUCCCCCUCCAAUCACUUCGCCUUGCUAACAAUAGCUUCUCUGGAGAAUUUCCAUCUGUCAUUGAGACCUGCUGUAGUAGGCUCGUCACGCUAAAUCUUGGUCACAACAUGUUCGUUGGUGAUAUCCCCUCUUGGAUUGGAACAAGUGUUCCUCUUCUAAGAGUUCUGACCCUCCCAUCCAACAAGUUCAGUGGUGUCAUUCCAUCCGAAUUGUCCAAACUUUCUAAUCUGCAAGUACUUGACAUGUCCAAGAAUAGUUUUACUGGAAUGAUCCCGGGAACGUUCGGCAACUUAACAUCGAUGAUGAAACAAGGACAACAAGUUUUCUCCAGCAAAAAUGUAGAAUUUUCUGAAAGGCACGAUUUUGUCCAAGUGAGACGGAUUUCCACUUUUUCUCGGAGGACAAUGCCAGCCAGUAAACGUUCGCCGAUGGAUCAGUACCGAGACAGAGUUAGCAUUUUCUGGAAGGGUCGUGAACAAACUUUCCUGGAAACAAUCGAAAUUUCAGGUAUCGAUUUAUCAAGCAAUCUACUUACCGGGGACAUCCCCGAGGAGUUAACAUACCUUCAAGGUCUCCGAUUAUUGAACUUGUCUAGAAAUGAUCUGUCAGGCAGUAUUCCAGAAAGAAUUGGCAGUUUGGAGCUGUUGGAGUCCCUUGACCUCUCAUGGAAUGAACUUUCAGGUGCUAUCCCUCCCACCAUUUCAAACUUGCAGUCGCUCGGCGUGUUAAAUCUGUCCAACAAUCUCUUAAGGGGCGUCAUACCCACUGGAAGUCAGAUGCAGACGUUUGCAGAGGAAUCAAUUUAUGGCAACAAUCCGGGGCUUUGUGGCUUCCCGUUGAGCAAGGCUUGUUCCGAUGAGGUAACCGAAGACCACCUAGAAGAACUUGGAAGAGAUGUGUGGUUGUGUUACUCUAUAAUCCUUGGCAUAGUUUUCGGUUUUUGGUCCUGGUUCGGAGCUCUGUUUUUCCUGAGGCCAUGGAGGUUUUCCUUCCUCCGAUUUCUUGAUAGGUUAGGCAGUAAGUGAGGCUCUCAUAUCCUCAGGUGUAACGCUUAUUUCUCUCUGCAACGGUAAACUAAAUAAUUUCAAACUUUUCAGUA